UUGAUUGCCGCGUGUGUAGCGUACGCGCGCAUGACGUUUCCGCGCGGUGAAACGUCGUGGCCCGGUUCUCGCAGUGGGGCCGCCUGUUCCGUCCUCCUCCUUCUGUCUGUUGUGCCGCGUUCGCCGCUCAGUGAAGACGCACGCUCCAGUCGACCAAAAUGGUCACGGUGAAGGGACGCAAGAGCUCUAGCAAGAAUCCGCCGAUUCUCAGCCACGAGUUUAUCAUACAGAACCAUGCGGACAUCGUCUCCUGCGUGGCUAUGGUCUUCGUGAUCGGCCUCAUGAUACAGUGCUAUUAUAAUUGCUUUUUCACACUAACUCAGAAAAAACAAAGAGGAGAAGGUUACUUCACCAUGGGCCUAUAUGUUUAUUGCUAUUCAUCAUAAUGUGACUAAUACCACUGAAGAACCAAUGGCGAUGGUGAAGUAUACCACAGGAUGGAAAGAUGCGUGUGCAGUGUUCUUUUAUUUCUUGAUAACUAUUAUAAUGCAUGCUGUGCUUCAGGAAUAUAUAUUUGAUAAAAUUUCUAAGCGACUUCAUCUCAGCAAAGUAAAACUUUCUAAAUUCAACGAAUCCAGUCAAUUGAUAGUGUUUUAUACAUUAUCCGCAUUGUGGGCCAUUGAUAUUAUAAUCAGAGAGAAUAUUCUUUUAAACGUAUGGACGUUGUGGGAAGAAUAUCCGAUGCCAAUGUCUGCCUCCUUAAAACUAUUUUUCAUCGGUCAGCUGUCCUAUUGGCUGCACUGCUAUCCUGAGCUCUAUUUUCAGCGGAUUAAGAAAGAAGACAUUUUGCAACGCGUCAUCCAUGCGACCUUUGGAUUAGCUUUUACAUUUGCAGCUUAUUUCUUCAAUUUCCAACAUCUUGCCCUAAUCUUGUUAACUCUCCAUUAUGUGGGAGAUGCUUUGCUACAUGCAGCCAGACUCGUUCACUUUAUUAGCCAAAAAGAAAAGAGAACGAAAUUGUCAUUCUUGGUGGCCAAUUCGAUCUAUGCAUUCGCCCGCGUUGCGACCAUUGCACUUACAUGUGUGGUGUUCUUGUACGGUUUGAGAAAACAGGAGUUCAAGUUCGACUAUGCUACUGGCAACUUUAAUAUUCCCGCAGUGCAAUUCUCAGCAGUAUUUAUUAUCUCACUCUUCGAAGGCUAUCUUCUAUAUUUCUUUAUCGCGAAGCAAGUCAAGCGUGCACGCGAGAACGCCGCGCCCGUUGUCAUGAAGACGAAAUUGAAGCAAAAGCUGAAGAAGCGAGAAGGCAAGAAAUCCGAGGACGAUGAUCUCCCAGAAGUAGAUCAGGCGACGAAGAAGAAUCUAAGAAAUCGUCCUUCAGCUAAAACAAAAUAGAUGCUCAAUAAAUUAAAAAAAUCACAAGGCUGAUCAGAUAUUCAUUUAUUCGUCUGCAUGUCACGAACAUGUUGGAGUGUUCUAUUAAGGUGUAUAAAAACGCAUUCUUCUAAAUGUAAAAAAUACAAAGCUUCCAUAACAUUACCGAUUAAAAAUCGUGUCAUGCAGAAUGCUGAAAUAAUCGGUACUCGGAUUUUGUAUUCAGUAGAUGUAGAAAUGCAAAACAGAUUUUAAAUGUUUUAUGAAAGAAGCAUAUAAAGUUCGCUACGUCAGCAGAUGUUUUUAACUCUAUAAAUAUGUUUCUUUUUCACUUACCGUUUUAUUUCAUAUGAAUUGCACAGAUAAAUGUUGCAUUCAAAAAAGAAUCAUAAAAUAUUAACUGUGCACUUUGGUACGUUGUUUUUUUAUGCGCGUUGUUUAUAAUUUUCUAAAUAUAUGUAAACGCGCGUUAUUUAUAAUUCUAUUAAGAGAAAUUUAUGCGAUUUUUAUUUCUAUUUGCUGUUAUUUAAAAUUCUUCAUAAAUUUCUUUGCGCAUUUCUUUCGAUCAAUUUAGAGUUGAGAUUAAAAUAGGCUUAUCCAAGUUUUCACUCUUCAAUCUCUCUUUCUCCAUCGUCUUGCUUUAGACGGAGGGGAGAUUGAAGAGAAAACAGACACGAAAAGCCAGACGAUAAGUUUGGAUUGGUCUUGUUAACCUGGAUUAUCCUUGGAAUAGAAGAUUAAAAUAGAAUAAAAAUAUGCUAGCAUUAAGUUACAAAACAAAAACGAUAAUGCACUGAAAUAAUGUUCUGGACCAUAAAUGUGUUACAAGAAUCAUGCCACGUAAAAAUAUACAUAUCGUAUCAUGGAAUUAUGACAGUGUUAUACUUAAAUAUAAGUUUUACUAUUUUUUAAUAUAUCUAUCAAUAAAAAGAGACAGUCUCGUAUUACAGCAUCGCGUGCUUUGCGAAUAAGUAUAUUUCUUAAAAUUUACUAUUCCAAGGAAGAGAAAUUGUAAACAUAUACCCACAAAAAACUUGAAAAAUAAUUUUUGAAAAAUAUUUCUACUGUUCUGAAAUCUUACACUGUAAAAUUUCUAUUCUUAAUUCUACUUCUGGUUUUGCGAUAAAAAUUUAACGCCGUAAUGAAUCAAUGUUUUUUCUGUUUGCGUCUGAUAUAUUUUUUUAAGAGGAUAAAAUAUGUAAUGAUAUUUUGAAAACUUAUCUUGUUAAAUAAUAAUUGUAUUAAAAUUGAAUAAGAUUUA